CAGCUGGCUUCGACUUCUCCGAUGGAUGAUUCCUUGGAAGAUCUAGGCAUCGCGAAUCUCUUUGACGAGCCGAAGGAAGCACAAAACCAAAGCAGGUCCGCAUCUCGAACGGCACUCCAUCAUCGAUUUCUUGAUUGUCUUGGUUGUUGUGCAGGUCAGGAGGCAUCCGCCGAGCAGCCCCUGCGCAAGAUAUUGGUGGCGCCAGCGCCGAACCACGCGCAAAGCGGCCACGAAUAGAUGCCACCUCGCCCAACAGAGGUGAACGGAAAAGAGAACAGCCAUGUGUGUUGAUGCAUCCAUCGGUUCUUGCUUACAUACUCCGUACUUAUAGCUGUUGGCAGAGAGGGCGCUGAGGGAGCCGCUGUCAGUGUCAGUGGCCGGCGGCGCUCACCGAACAUUCGCAUGCUCGGCAACGUCACGGACGCACAGCUACACGCGCUGGACAGAGGUGAGAGAGAAUGAGCUGAGAUGUGGAAGAUGGGCGGACAGGACUUGCACACAUCGGUUGUGUGUGUGUGUGUGUGUGUGUCAGGUGAGUUGAUUGAGCUGCUGAGGAGUGCCAUCCAGCAGCAUGAUGACAUCAAAGAUCUGGUGCGUCAGGAAGGGCAGGCAGAUGAGAUGCAAGUGCUUGGAGCGGUGAUGGUGGAUUGAUUGAUUGACUGACUGUGUUUUGUCUUGCCUUUGUGUGCGUGGUCUGUCUGUGCAGGUGCAUAGUGCGUAUGAGAAGAAGCUUGCCGUCAUUCGUGCUGAACAGGCGGCAGAUAGCUCGAGCGGCUGAUGGGCGCUGACGCGUCCAUCAAUGUGUGUAGACAGACAGACAGACAGACGGACGACCAUGGCAAGACGGCCACUGGCCUUGUAGAAAUACGUACGCUUCAUUCUCAUGGAAUUUACCACACGUUGAUGCACACGCAUUCUGUCAAACAGACGA